UGGGUUUGGGGGCAAUUCGGGGCUCCCCAAACCCCCGGGGGGGCGGUGGCAAGAGCCUUUGGAAACCCUGGAAUUCCCGGAGAACAGCGGGAUGUGGAUCUAACCGCCCCUCGCCCUAAAAACACCCCAAAAAGGGGAGUUUGGGGGUGAUCCUGAGGGAAUUCCGUUCCUCCCGUGCAGCACUUUUCCCGAAGGACCCGGAAUGCAGAGCUGAGGCAGGAAAGUUUUCCCUUCGUGGCAGGGGCUCUGGAGGUGGAAGUUUUUCAUGGAAGAUGUGGAAUUGGAGGGUUUUGAGUCUCUUCCUGUUCUGGCUGACACCAGGAAAAUAAUUCCCCAAGAGGAAAAAACUGGCUCAGGGAUUUUCCAGCGGAGACUUUGGCUGUUCCCUCUUUUUCCCAAAAGGAUCAAAUCCAGCAUGAGUUCAGGAUUCAGGGAACUCUAGGGGAAAGAACCCGGGAAUAAGCAGUGGGAAGACAAGGUAAGUUUUCCAUCUGGUUGAAUUUUCUCACCACGUUCCCCCAGUGGGAUCUCGGGAAGGCUCCGGAGCAGAGAUUCCCUGGGAAUCCCUUUGGGAUCCCUUGGGAUCAACCCCAGCUCUCCCUGGGACCUCUCCCCGUCUUCCUGGGGCUCUCUGCUACCAUAGGGGCCCACCUGGAAUUUUAGGGGAAAAUAGAGCAAUUUGGGGCAAAGAGAGGAGAGAUGGGAUGGAUGGACCAGCUCCACGCAAGGGAGAAAAAAGUGGGAAUAUUGGAAUUUGGGAAGCGGGAUGAAGCCAAGUGCCGUGUCUGGAAUGCCAUGCUGCCACCCUGGGUGUUUGCUUUCCUGAAAUUCCUGCAGUUCUAGUCUGAAAAUCCUGAAAUUUGCUGAAAAUCCCAUUGCAAUCCCUUCCUGGACACUCUCCUGCCCAGUAAUAUCUGAUUUUCCUGUGCUUGGGGUUUAUGGGAAGGCGUGAAGCGCUUCUGGGCGCCUUUUUCUCCCUUUACUUUUCCCUUUGUUUUUCAUCCUGAAGCUGCCAGCACGAUUCCCACCAGGACACAGCCAAAAUGCCGCUGGUUUGGGGGGAAUUUGGGGAAUUUUGUGGGGAGUUUUAGGGAAAAUACAAAAAUAUUCUGCCCAGUGUGGACUCGGUUCCUCGUUAAUUGGUGACGAAUUAAACCCCACUGUGAUCCCAGGAAUGCGACCUGGGAAGGGCUGAGGAAUAAGUUCACCCUCUCCUGGCCCCCAUCCCACCCUCUGAAAUUCUUCAGGACCCCUCUGCCCCUGCCAAGUGCCACCAGUUUUUCCCCAACUGUGCCAAAAAAAGGGGGAUUUUCAGGGUGAAAUCCUGGGGAUUUGGUGUCCAGAGGUCCUGGAUGCUGCACCUCCCCAGCAUUCCGGCUGGCCUGGAUCAUCGGUGGAUCUCCCCUGGAAGUCCCGGCAGGAAAAGCCCAAAUGCAGCAGAUUUUAAUCCUCCCGCUCCAAAUUCAGCUGCAAUUUCCCCAAACCAGGAGAAUUUUCCAUCCAAAGCCAGGAUUUUGGCAAUCCAGGGAGGAUCCUGGCAGUGUCCUGGAAAGGUGGAAAGAGGGAUCAGCCGAGGAUGAGCAGGGAAAAUGGGGAACAUACGGAAUUCCGACAGUUUGUGACUGGGCCCGAAGUGGAGGUGAAAAACUUCCAUAAUGGAUCAUUGAUUUAAGGGGAAAACUUCAAAGAUUGGGAAAAAUGGUGAGAAAACCUUGGAAGCGGUGGGAUUCUGGAGCCUGGAAAAUGGGAUUGAGCUGAGGAGCCGGAAAAAAAUGGGAGGAAACGGCAGGAAAUUGGCACCGGGAAAAGCAGUGGAAGUGGGAAAAAUGGAUCCGCCCGGGAUCUGCGGGAUUUUGGGGCCAUUCCCGGUGGGAUUCAUGGCCCCACUAGGAUCACAUUCCCAAAACUCUCCCAGCUCAGCUCAUUCGGGGCCUGGAACCCACAGGAAAAACAUGGAAAAACAGGGAAUGGAAUCAGCCAAACCUUGGGAUUGUGCCCCAUAGCACUGGUCCUUGUGCUGGGAUCCACGCAAAGGGGAUUUUUGUCGCUUUUUGAGGUGUUUUAAGGCUGUUUCUUGGUCUAGGUGAGGUAAUCAAUGGAUUAAUCCCAUUUCCAAGUGGGAAUUUCUAGUGCUCCUGGUGUUUCCAAGCUUGGAAUUGGGGAAAAAUGGAAGUAAUUGGAUAAAAGGGGGGAUGUUGGACAAAAGUGACCAAUGGAUGGAUAAAAAUCAUUCCAACAAUGGAAUUUUCGGGGCUGAUCCCAUUCCCACCCAAUGCUUCUCAUUUACCUCACCGUGACCCUGGGAUUUUGGAUCUGAUCCCGUCCAACCCAACGCGUUUCACCCCAAUGGCAUUUCUAAUUUAUUUCAUUCUAACGAUGGGAUUUGGGCGCUGAUCCCGUUCCCGGUGACGUUCCCCAUUGUAACACUGGAUUUCGGGGGCUGUUCCCAUUCCCGGUGACGUUCCCCGUUGUAACGCUGGAUUUCGGGGCCCCAUCCCAUUCCCAGUGACGUUCCCCAUUGUAAUGCUGGAUUUUGGGGACCAAUCCCAUUCCCAGUGACAUUCCCCAUUGUAACGCUGGAUUUCGGGGCCCCAUCCCAUUCCUGGUGACGUUCCCCAUUGUAACGCUGGAUUUCGGGGGCUGUUCCCGUUCCCGGUGACGUUCCCCGUUGUAACGCUGGAUUUCGGGGGCUGUUCCUGUUCCCGGUGACGUUCCCCAUUGUAACGCUGGAUUUCGGGGACCGAUCCCGUUCCCAGUGACGUUCCCCAUUGUAACGCUGGAUUUCGGGGGCUGUUCCCAUUCCUGGUGACGUUCCCCACUGUAACACUGGAUUUCGGGGGCUGUUCCCAUUCCCGGUGACAUUCCCCGUUGUAACGCUGGAUUUCGGGGCCCCAUCCCAUUCCCAGUGACAUUCCCCAUUGUAACGCUGGAUUUUGGGGACCGAUCCCAUUCCCAGUGACGUUCCCCAUUGUAACGCUGGAUUUCGGGGGCUGUUCCUGUUCCCGGUGACAUUCCCCGUUGUAACGCUGGAUUUCGGGGCCCCAUCCCAUUCCUGGUGACGUUCCCCAUUGUAACACUGGAUUUCGGGGGCUGUUCCUGUUCCCGGUGACGUUCCCCAUUGUAACGCUGGAUUUCGGGGGCCCAUCCCAUUCCUGGUGACAGUUCCCAUUUCCCUUGUCCUAACACUGGGAUUUUGGGUCCCGAUCCCGUUGCCAGGAGCGCAUCCCGGGCCAUGUUCUCCAAGAAGAAGAAGCGGGUGGAGAUCUCGGCGCCGUCCAACUUCGAGCACCGGGUGCACACGGGGUACGACCCCUCGGAGCAGCGCUUCACAGGGCUGCCCCGCCAGUGGCAGGGGCUGCUCGAGGAGUCCGCCCGGCGCCCCAAACCCCUCGUGGACCCCGCCUGCAUCACCGCCAUCCGCGGGGCCCACAAGCCCAUCGUGCGCGGCUCCAAAGGGACCCAGGAUGGGACCCCUGGGGGCCGGGAUGGGACCCUGGCGUGGCUCCUGGACGAGCUGGAGGCCGUGUCCGUGUCCCGCUCCAACUCCCUGCGCCGGGACAGCCCCCCCUGCCCCUCCCGGCACCCCCCGGAGAACGGCCUGGCCCCGGGACCCCCCCCCUCUCGCCCGGAGCCCGGCAAGAGCCGCCGUGGGGAUCUGGAGCCAAGACGCCCCCAGUGCCGGGAGCGGGAGGAUCCCAAAACCGCGGCCGGGCAGGAGCCUCCUCGCCCGCACCCCCCCGGGGGUCGCCCCAAAUCCAGCUCGGCCGGAGAGGGGCCCCCCCGGCCCCCGCCCCGCGAGCAGCGCCCACUCUCGGGGCCCGACCUACGGCCCCCCGACAUUCCCGGUGCUCCUGGAGCAGGGCUGAAGACGGCGCCCGGACGCCCCUUCCACACCUACCCCCGUGCCGACACCGACCCUGGCCGGGGGGGCAGUGCCCAGGCCGAGCACCGCCCGGGACGGCCGCAGGAGGUGACCCCCAACGGGCCGGUCCCCGCCGGCACUCCCGGUGCUUCCCACGCCCCCGGCCCCCCACGCCCCAAAGCCCCAGAGCCGCCUCCCCCUGGCCCGGAGCCCCCGGCCCCACGUCCGCCCGGCCCCGCACCCGCCCCAGCGGGGGGCCCCCAGCGCGUGUCCCACGAGCAGUUCCGGGCAGCGCUGCAAAUGGUGGUGGACCCCGGCGACCCCCGCACGUACCUGGACAACUUCAUCAAGAUCGGCGAGGGCUCCACGGGCAUCGUCUGCAUCGCCACCGUGCGCGGCUCCGGCAAGCUCGUGGCCGUCAAAAAGAUGGACCUGCGCAAGCAGCAGCGACGAGAGCUGCUCUUCAACGAGGUGGUGAUCAUGCGGGACCACCAGCACGAGAACGUGGUGGAGAUGUACAACAGUUACCUGGUGGGCGAUGAGCUCUGGGUGGUCAUGGAGUUCCUGGAGGGCGGCGCCCUGACCGACAUCGUCACCCACACCCGGAUGUCAGAGGAGCAGAUUGCGGCUGUGUGCCGCUCGGUGCUGCGGGCGCUCGCCGUGCUCCACGCCCAGGGCGUCAUCCACCGCGACAUCAAGAGUGACUCCAUCCUCCUCACGCACGAUGGGCGGGUGAAACUCUCGGAUUUCGGGUUCUGCGCCCAGGUGAACAAGGAAGUGCCACGGCGCAAGUCCCUGGUGGGGACCCCGUACUGGAUGGCCCCUGAGCUCAUCUCCCGCCUGCCCUACGGCCCCGAGGUGGAUAUCUGGUCCCUGGGGGUGAUGGUCAUCGAGAUGGUGGACGGGGAACCCCCUUAUUUCAACGAGCCUCCCCUCAAAGCCAUGAAGCUGAUCCGGGACAACCUUCCCCCCCGGCUCAAGAACGGCCACAAGGUGUCCCCAUCCCUGAAAGGGUUCCUGGAGCGGAUGCUGGUGCGGGACCCGGCGCAGCGGGCGAGCGCCCCGGAGCUGCUCCGCCACCCCUUCCUGGGGGUUGCGGGCCCCCCAGCCUGCAUUGUGCCCCUCAUGCGGCAGCACCGGCUGCGGUGAGACCCCCCCGCCCUGGGGGAGACCCCCUCGGGCCCCUCCUGCUCCUCUUCCUGCCCCUCCUCCUCGGCGGCACCCACAAACUAGAGCAGGACUGGGAUGUUCCUGGGGGGCACCAGCCCCCCAACCUGUACUACUGAGCUGGGGACCCCACAGCAGAGAUUUUGGGGGGGGGGGGGCAGCUGUUAUCCUGGAGAUUCGGGGGAGCAGGGGCUCAUCCUGGUCCUCCCCGCCUUUGGGACCCAUUUUGGGGCAUUUCCCCUUUUGUUGUUGUUUUUAUCCCCCUUUCUUCUACCCCCCUUGGGUACCGGGGUAUGGCCCCCCUACAUCUCCAUGGGGGGGGGUCCCCAAAACUACAGCCCCCCCUCCCCCCACCACACCACACUACUGACUUGGGGUGUGUCCCCCCCGGGCCCUUCUCACCUGUUUUUGUUGAUUUUGGGGUUUUUUUGUUGGUUCCUUCCCCCCGGAACUCCCCCCUGCCCCCACGGUUUUGUUUUUUAACAAAGUGAUAUUUAUAUGGUCGGGUUUUGUACCGCACGGGACGGGGGGGCCCCGGGGGCACACGGGGCCCCUCCCCCCAGAUUACACGUGUCCUUUUGGA